GUCAAUGUAUGGGCGCUUGUGGGAGUCGUCCAACUCGUCCUCUGCUGUCGCCGCCUCCACAAUCGGGCUGACCUGUGGUCCAUCAUACACGCACGAGCUUGACCUGGGCGAAAACCAUAGGAUGAACGCACUACGGCACCUCGUCCAGCGAAGUUUAAUUCCUCCGUCUCCGUCGACAUUCCGUCUCGGCUUUCGCGUACCUUCACAUUGGCAAUAUGCUGGACCCCAAGCGGCGUCGUUCCGCUCUCAACGGUUGCUCUCGUCUACUCCAUCAAGAGCAGACGAUGAAGCGUCAUCAUCAUCGCCCAAACCACCCGAGUCUCAGAAAGAGGUGACGUUCAAGACAGAAGAGCCUCGCCUUUCCUUGACCUUCACAUGUACUGUUCCUGCAUGUGACACGCGGUCAUCACAUAUGUUCACGAAAAGGAGCUACGAGAGAGGAAUAGUCAUUGUCCAGUGUUCAGGAUGCAAGAACCGGCAUCUCAUAGCGGACCAUCUGGGGUGGUUCAAGGAGAGCACGGAGGAGGGGAAGCUGAAGACAGUAGAGGACCUGGUGCGCGCGAAGGGCGAGAAGGUCAGGCGAGGAGUCAUGAAUGACGACGGCGUAGUUGAGUACUCGCCGGAAUGAUAAACAUGUGUCUGGUCUUGUAGCAGCUCUAUACCACUCCCCUUCUUGUUCCCGCCUUGCCAGACUCAGGUCCAAGAGAUGCGUCAUGCUGCUCAUGGAGUUCGUCUCGUGAGUAGUAGUGUCGAUGCACAUACCGCGAUAGAGUUCCUUAGAGUGCGCGGCUGCCCGUACGCCUAGAGAUUCCUUGCUACCCCAGACUGCCAUGUCCGUGCACUAUCAAGCCAUUCUGCACCCAGCCGUUUCGACCUUCCCGUGACUCCCGUUAUACCGCAUCUU